CUUUCUUUCUAUUUUUAUUAUAUAUUUUUUUUUCUUCUACUUUUUCUUUUUUUCUUGAAUGGAUUGAUAAAUAUAAUAUGAAGUAUUCUUUGUUCACUACUAUACUAUUGAUGAUAUUAUGGAAUAAAUCUAUAUUUGGUCAGACUAUCACAAAUAAAAGAGAAAUGGACCAAGAAUUACAUUCAACGUUCGAAAAUACUAGUUAUAACCGAACAUAUAAUUCAUAUCAAGACCCGGAAGAAUCGAAACUCGACAUAGUUUAUGCAAAUUCAUCAGAUUAUAUAUCAUACAUAAAACGUGCAGCUACAGCAUCUUCUGAUCAUAAAGUACAACACAGUUCUGCAUUUAAUGUGAUUCAUGUUAUUGCAGCCGUUGCUGGUAUGUUAGCUCUUCUUUUAGUUGGUAUUGUGUCAUUUAUUAUGCUUCGACGAAGAAGACGAAAACAACAACAACAACAACAGCAACAUGAUUCUCCAUCAUUUGAUACCAUAAAAGAAACAACAAUACCCGUCACUACAUCGACAUCCCCUUCAAAUAUGCAUCCUACUACUAUUUUAUACAAGAAAAACUCAACUCAAUUUCAACAAUUUGCCAAUGAUUUUUGUCAUGAUGAUUUACCAAUGACCACUCCUGUUACUAGUCCACCUCCUCCAUCCAUACAACAAGUCUAUUUACAAUUAGAAUUAUUAAAACAACAACGUUCAUCCACCACACAAGAUCAGUCAUCUUCUACUAGUGCUCCCCCUCCAUAUCAUCUAUAAUCAUUAUUAUUUAGAUUAGUCUUCCCCUCUCUUGAUUUUGUAUAUAAUAAUAAUAAUAAAAAUGUGGAUUGUC